AUGUCUGAGAACGACAACCCUGUCUCUGCCAAUGGCGGCGUCCCUCAGUUCACUGAGCGAGAGCUUCAGAUGCUCGGAUGGGCCAUGCAGUCGCUCAAGUCCGGUCCUCCCGACAUCGACUUUGACAAGCUCGCCGCCUAUGCCAGUAUGACCAACCCGGGUUCUGCUAGAAACGCAUGGGCCAAGAUCAGGGUCAAGCUGACUCCAGCUCCUGAUGGCACUGCCCCGGUCACUCCCAAGAAGACACCUCGCAAGAAGGCUGCUGCUGCUAAGAAAGCUGACGGCGAGGAGGGUCCCGCUGCUACCACUCCCAAGAAGACCCCAACCCCUCGCAAGCGCGCCCCCAAGAAGCAGGACGUCGACGGCGAGUCUUCUCCCAAGAAGAAAACCACCCGUGGCAAGAAGGUGUCCGAUGACGAAGCCAAGUCCGAGGAGAACGAGGACUUCCAGAUGGAGACCGACCCGGAAGGGGCUCCGGAGGAGACUAUCGAAAAAGUCUAG